AUGGGCUGAAGGAAGUUAGAGUUCCUUGAACAAAUAGCUUCUUGGAAUAAAGGUUCCGGGAACUUUGGAUGGAAACGCGACUCCCUCCCUCCUCUCCAAGUCUCUCUCUCUCUCUCUCUCUCUCUCUCUCUCUCUCUCUCUUUCUAAUUGCCGUCUUUCAGUUUAUUUCCGAGGACAGCAGAACAGUUGCAUGAUGCGUGGAAGUUAUGGUUAGUUAAUAACAUACUCAUACUUGAAUAAUCAACUUCAUCGCGCAAAGCUUCAGGGGGAAACAGGAGGGAAGCGUCGCGGCAGUCAUGGGGGAUCCAGAGACUGGCUCAGGUGGAAACGGGCUGAAAAGACAACUUGUCGAGAGCCUGGUUCAUCAGAAGAAGCCUCUGUUUCACUCCUGGUUCCAGUACCUGCUCCUGCUUUGUCUAGGGAUCUUCGUAAUUUUUGUGUACGUUAUGUCCGACAGCUCUCUGACAUGGUGGAAGAGCUUUCCACUCCAUGAGCACUACCAGAUGUUUUUCAAUCUGACCAAUCAGGUUAAUCUACCUCCUCCUUAUCGUAUCCAUCCAAAACACAGAGUUAAACUUCAUGAAACCACAGAACACCCUACUGUACCACCUACAGGUACUAAGUACCACCAAGCCUACCCACGCAACUACCACUUUGUUAUGGAUAACACAGAGGUGUGCAAGACCAAGACCCCUUUCCUGGUCCUGAUGGUUCCAGUGGCACCAAAAAACGUGGCAGCUCGGGACGCCAUCCGGCAGACAUGGGCCAAUGACACAUUGGUUCAGGGCGAGGUGGUGCUUACUCUGUUCAUGUUAGGCUUCUCUGAAGGAGCUGAUUUUGAGCAGCUGCAGGAGAAGCUCAAACAGGAGAAUCUGCAGCACCACGACCUGAUCCAGAGUGACUUUAUGGACUCUUACCUCAAUCUGACCAUCAAAACCAUGGUGAUCAUGGACUGGCUGGCCACGCGCUGCAAUACAGCAGCAUACGCCAUGAAGAUUGACUCUGACAUGUUCCUUAACAUUGACAAUUUAGUGAUCAUGCUACAGAAGCCAGACAUCCCCAAGCUGAACUACCUGACAGGGAUGCUCAUGUGGAACAGGCAAGUUGUACGUUCAAAGAACUCAAAGUGGUAUGUCCCUGAGGAGAUGUACCCAGGACCCAUAUACCCGACCUACACUCUGGGCAUGGGAUAUGUCUUCUCCAACGAUCUUCCAGGAAAAUUUGUGGAGGCCUCAAAAUCAAUCAAACCCUUUAAUAUAGAGGAUGCUUAUAUUGGAAUGUGCAUGAAAAAACUAGGACUUGCGCCCACAUCACCGCCAAAUCCCUCCCUGUUCAAGGCCUAUAACACAAGAUACGAUCGCUGUGAAUACUCAAAGGUCAUCACCUACAUUCUUGGGUCUUCACAAGAGUUGGUGAAAUACUGGACAGACUUGAAGAAGCCUGGACCACCAUGUGGACAAUGACAACUACAAAUGCAGAGAGAAAUCAAUUGGGUGGAAGGGAAUGAGAGGUUAACUUAUUUAUAGAUUUGUACUGUUCUGGUAUAGAAUUCUCAUACAUCCUCAUUUCAGAGAUGAUAAUUGGGAUUGCCAUUUUGGAAAGGUUACAGAGAAUAACUGCAUUAUACAGUGUAAAUGGUCAAGCCCAUUUUUUGACUUUUGUGUAUUUGUGUAUUUAAAACUCCUUAGGGUUGCCAACAAAAGAAAUUAUGAAAUUAAAGGUACCCUGAGGUUUCUGACCACUAAUGUCGCUGUGUAGCUAUCUUUCGAUGAGCAGUUCAUGUGUUAUUUGUAUCUUGGUUGUACCUGUAAGUUUACAAAGGCAGACAUGCAGGGUGCAGUAAUGCUGCAUGAAGGUAGAAAUUAGUCAAUUUUUUUUAAAAGAGGAAAGGAAAAACCACUUGAACCACAUACUGUAGAGGUAUUUUCAUUCACACCAACAGGGAAUUCUUAAGAGAAGCUGCAUCUUGUAAUAACCCAUUCACGUACAUAUGGCCCAAAGGACAAUGGUAUGAGGAAGUUUAAUUUUAGCUUCAGCCAUCACCGGUGCAAUGCUAAAAACUGGACUGGUUGCAGAACAGAAGAUCACAGAAUUUCAAAGACACUGCAAUGCUUUAUGAUGACUUUUCUCAGGGAUUCAGUGUAUUGUAGCUAUACAGUAAGUUGGAAUGUGUUUGAAGAAUUUUGAGAAUGGCAUGUCACUGUUUGCUGGAGGCACAACUUUCUGUUUAUACUUCUAAAAGCCCUUUAGGUUGUCAUUGUCAACUGCUGAAGAAGAAAAUUCUCAGUCAGCAACAAUGAUAUAGUGCAUUUAUUUAAUCUGUGCCAGAGAGCAGGCAAUGACUACUUGUUAGAAUAUAAUCACUUACAGCCAUUAUAUCUGACCAGACUUUGUCACAGACAGCUUGUGACGCACCACUUAAUCUAAAGGCACAUGAUAUGCAGAUCACUGUGUCAGGAACAUGUGAGAAUAAAGGUUUUGCCCUCCUGAUAUAUUGCACAUUCAGAGAGAAAAACAUUCUUUUACACAACAAAACGCCUGAGAAAUAUCAGAUGGGAGAAUUAAUUGAUAUUUUCCUCAUUCCCUCUGAUACAACAAAACACAACCCCCCAAAAAAAAAAAAAAAAACAAACAAUCUAUGUUGUCAAUUAACUCAUUAUUUAACAUAUAACAUGUCAUCUUUACUAUUUUUGCACUGCAUUUAUGAAAUGAUAAUGACAUUAUUUCAGAAUUUACAAAGAGUUUUUUGUUGAAUUGUUUAUUUUAUCCUUUUAAAACAGUACAUGUGAAAUCAAAUGCAGGAUUACACAAGUCAAAUUUCCUUCUAUAGUAAAAGGAAAUAUACUUUGUAAGAUAUAUGUUGGUUAUAUAGAGGGAGAAGUCACAACUUUUGAAUACACUACUGGUAUUAUAUUACACUGUAAACACUGUUUGUGACAAGUUGCUUGCAAAUAUGGUUUAUAUGGCAAUAAAAUCUAACUUUAAAAAUCUA